CCAAGAAAACCUGCCCCAAUCUGAAACUGAUUUCACUUAAUCUGUUAUCAUUACAGCAGUUUUGUGCAUGUUGACCUAUGCGUGGAAGAAAACAUGCAAUUUUUGCACUUUCAUUCAACACAAUGGCGUCUGCUUGCUACGUAGAAAUCAAAAUGUUGGCAUUUUUCUUCAUUUUAUAUAUGUGCUCAAGCUGUCAUUGCAUUUCUUAUCCAUUUGAGUGUAUUGCAGAAAUGAGAUCAGAGUAUGAUUUGCCAGAUUUGCCUUUUGAUUACGAAGAUUUAGAACCUUACAUCGACAGUGCAACUUUGAAAGUGCACCAUCGCGGCCACCACGCAGGCUACACACGCAAACUCAAUGCAGCAUUGCAACUGUGGAGAACUGAGGAGCCAGACAGCUAUGUAGCAACAUCCAUUCUCAACCUGUUGAAGCAUCUGGAUGACAUUCCUCCCAAAUAUCAACGCAGCAUUAGAAACAAUGGUGGUGGGUUCGUGAAUCACAACAUUUACUGGUCAACGAUGGCCGCCAACAGGGACAAUGACAUCCCCAUGCCCUCUGGAGAUCUCCUAAAUCAGAUAAAUGCAACUUUUGGAAGCUUCCAAGAAUUCAAGAAUCAGUUCACCAGUCAAGCCCUUACACUGUUUGGAUCUGGUUAUGUCUGGCUUAGCCAGCGCAACCCCUCAUCAUUUUAUGGAGACAAUGAGGAAGAACUUUCUCGCCUUAUCAUCUCAACGACGGCCAAUCAAGACACCCCAAUCUCAGAUGGCCAUCAACCAAUCCUAGUGCUUGAUGUUUGGGAACAUGCUUAUUACCUGAAGCAUCAGAACAAACGGGAUAAUCACAUCGCUGACUGGUGGAAGGUCGUCGACUGGUCAGCUGUUGCCAAUUUGAAGGAUUGGUGGUCUAGGGAUCAAUAUGAAGUUCAUGAUGAAUUGUAGUCGAGGAUGAGUGAUGAAAGGUGAAUGUGUAUUACUUCAAAAUAUUCUUGGUCAAUGGUUAGGUGGAAUAGGUAAAGGCUCUACUUUUCUCUAUAGUGUGUGAUUUUUCUUCUUCCAGAUUUCAAGAUUGAGUCAGACUAUAAAGUGGAUCACAGUUUGUUUCCACACUUGGCCUAUCCUUCCUAUUUUGCAAAUUAAGCUCAUCAAAAACUCUAAUUUAGCUAUUUCGAGUAAAGCUACUUAAAAUGUAGAACUGUCACUAAAUUGUGUUGUGUAUUUUCUAAAGUUACAAGAGUGAUACCACUGAUAUGCUCAUUUUAGGCA